AUGUCCAAUCGAGGCGGCAGAGGUGGAAGAGGAGGAGGACGAGCCAACAACGUCAGAGGGCCCACAUCGGCACUGACCGAGUUUUUACGAGAGCAAGGAAUCUCAGCUCGGAACACCAAUAUUUAUGCUCGCCGCAUCCAGACGUCCGAUGAGGUUCCCGCAAUCGCAGAAGAGCCCGCCACUGAAGCCGGUCCCUCGGCUGCCGAGCCUGACUCUCCGGGCGAAGCUCAGCCCACAUCCAGCUCAAGGCCAGCUGCUGGGAAGCGGAGGCGAAAUAAAAACGACGAUUCUGACUUGGAGUCGGACAAUCUCGAUGCAACAGACGAUGAAGCUGAGCAGCCCGCGACCAAGUCAAAAGGUAAAGGCAAAACCCAACAAAGCAAAAAGGAGUUAGAAAAGGCAAAAGCCAAAGCCAAAGCCAAAGCCAAGCACGAUGCGAAGCGCCAAAAGCAAGACGAUGAAGAACCAAGCGAGGAUGAAUACAAAGCGCCCUCGAAAGGGCUUCCCGUAGUUCCAACUUCACUUCCCCCCAUAGGAAGUUUUGAAAAUGUCAGUAUAACGAGUGGCGGCGAUCCUUUCAAGAAAGCCGGCGCUCCUCGGGGACGAAAGCCGGUCGCAGAGAAACGCAAGAUUGUUAAUUUUGAGCAAAAGGACGUUUUUAAGUCCUUGGCGACAACAUGCAUCGAGAUCAUUGCCAAAUACAUUGACGACAUGGAGGCUCUAGGAGAUAUUGGCCACAUUAACAUGGAUAAGAUCUCAAAGAUUCUCGCUAAACAACGCAGUCUCACAGACUCGACUAGCAAGCUGUUCUACAGCGUUGAGAAUACAACCCUGACGCUUUAUGACACCAGUCGUCUCGAUCCACCGGCCUUCCAUACGCUAAUUGCUCUCAAUCCCAACCUGGAGCAGGUUCGAUUGGACUAUUGCCGUGGAGUCGAUUGCACAGUCCUUCCCACUUUUGCGACCAGCCUUGCCAAUCUCACACACCUAGACCUUUAUGGUGCAUUCCUUGCUCGUGCCCCAGCCUUCAUCGAAUUCUUCACUGCGAUUGGCUCUCGCCUCGAGUGCUUCAGAUUGGCACAUUCGCCCAGACUGGACCUUGACUGUUGCCAAGCGCUGGUACACAACUGUGCCGACAGCCUGACCGACCUGCGCUUAUCGAAUGUUGGAAAGCUCAACGACUCAUGGUUGCCACUUUUGCACAGGUGCACCAGCCUUAAGCGCCUCGAACUUUCUUACCCAGGAGGCGAUGCUUCCCUCACCAGUGAACCCGUCGUAGAACUACUCGGGGCUAUUGGUCGCGGACUUGAACAUCUCGAUCUGAGCGGCCAUCCGCUUCUAGAAGAUGAAGUUUUGAUCAAUGGGGUCAUUUCUCAUGCACCCAAUUUGACCUCGCUCGCGAUAUCCAGUGCUCCGCUCCUCACAGACGCUGGUGUCGCACAGUUUUUCGCAGAAUACAACCAAAAGGCGGGGCUCGAGUAUUUAGAGAUGAAGAAUAACCCACUUCUCUCGUCAGACUCACUCCGUGCGUUCCUGGAUCGCCCCACAUCUAUAGCUAUCCGGCAGCUUGUGAUCAACGGCUGGAGGGAGACCGAAGAAGAGGCGUGCAAACUGAUUCCUAGCUCUUGUCCAGAGCUGAGGAGGCUGGACAUUGGGUUUGUGCGUUCUGUAGAUGACUACUUGAUCAAGGAGAUUUUAGAGGGAUGCUCCAAGAUUGAAGAAAUCAGUUGCUUUGGGUGUAACAGGGUGACUGAGGCUUGUCCAAAAAAGGCUGGAGUCAAUAUUUAUGGAGUUGAGGCUCAAAGCAAGCGCUGA